AUGUUCAGCGACAAUGGACGAAAUUUCAUGGGAGCCAAAAGAAGUCUUAACGAAAUGGAACAAUUGGUUCAAUCCCAGCUGCACAAUAACAAGAUAGCAGAGGCGUUAUCGAUCGAAGGCAUCAACUGGAAGUUCAUACCGCCACAUGCGCCUCACUGGGGAGGCAAAUGGCUUCAUUUCAAGCUUCAUUCACACCGAGUAAUCGGCCACGCCGUUCUUACAUUCAAACAAAUGCAUACGUUGUUAACACAGGUGGAAGCGGUGAUCAACUCAAGGCCUCUUUGUGCCACUUCCGAUACAGACGUUGGAUAUCUUUCGCCCGCUCACAUGCUGAUCGGUCGUCCUUACACCACAGUGCCAGAUAGAGAUUUGGACCAAGUGCCGCCAAACCGAUUGGAUUACUGGCAGCAAUCUCAGGCCAUGUUGCAAGGCUUUUGGAAAAAGUGGCAUCUUGAGUACCUUACGUCGUUGCAGCAGAGGCCAAAAUG